AUCAGUGGUUUAGAGGUUGCGAGUUCGAGUCCCCGCUUCUGCCUCAUUGACAGGGGCUGGACGUGAUGCUCCCUAAGCUCCUUUCCCACUUCGCCUUUCUAAGAUUAUUAAUAACUAUUUUUUAUUAUUAAAAUAUUCUGGUGUCUUAAAGCCCUUCAAGGUUGGCUGUUAAUAGAUCAGGCAGAGGGGCCUCCUUCCUGAAUUGCUGUUCAGGGUUGCGUCCUCGUUCUCUUCCAUUCCUGUGGCUGCUUUGGAGGAGAUGAACAUGCAAGAUUGUGCUGGUGGUGAUGUUGGAAGACAGCUGGAUGGCAUGGACCUAUGGCAUAAUGAAGACUUCCCAGAAAGAACCACACUGUACAGUCUCUGUGGGGAGCCCCUUGGUCCAGAUGUUCAGAGCCAGCCGUUCCGGGCGUUCUGCUACCAGGAGGCUGAAGGGCCCCGAGCGGUUUGCAGCCAACUCCACCGUCUCUGCCGUCAGUGGCUGAAGCCAGAAAAACACACCAAGAUGGAGAUGCUGGACCUGAUCGUCCUCGAACAGCUUCUGCUUGUCCUCCCACCAGCGAUGGGGAUCUGGGUCAGAGAAUGUAGGCCAGAAUCCACUUCCCAGGCUGUGUCCUUGGCGGAAGGUUUCCUCCUGGGCCAGGCAGCAGAUAAGAAGCAAGAGGAGUUGCUGGGCUUCUCACCAUUGGCCACUGGCUUCUCCCAGGCAGCCAUCCUCCCAUGGGAGCCAAGACUCAAGCUACCCUUUCAGGGGGAAACACAGGCAGAAAGUGGAGAAGCCGAUCUAUCAGGCAUUGGAAAUAUGUUGACAACACAUCCACACUCAUCUCUUCCUUAUGGUGAAAUGGAAAUAGCAUCUACUGAAUCCGAUCAGAAGUUCCAUUUUAUUUCAGGGUCCAGUAGCCUUUGAGGACGUGGCGGUGUAUUUCUCC